CGUGCCGGUGUCAACACACAGCAGUAGCUGAACCCAGAAGGUCUCAACAUAGCAGGCUUGGGCGUGUCCGGCAAGCAGCAAGUACUAGCAACAGCAACAGCUGCUGUUCAAGAUCAAGUUCGCGCGCGCGCGUACUAAUCUACAUGUGGUUCCGCUAUUAAGGGGGUGAAACCCACGACACCGUCGGCACCUGGGCGUGUGAAAGAAAUGGUUUAGCUGCCGGUCGGGUCGCGUUGGUGACUUAUCAGGUUUAAGCCAACUAAAGCGAUAAAGGAGAAAUUAAUUGUCGUCUGUCAGCGCUGCUUGGACGGAACUGUGUACAGAGACAAACGUGGCUUAGUGUGGUUAAAUCAGUGCGAAACGGUGGUUUGAUCAGUUUUGAGCUGUGAAGUUUGCUGAGGGUGAAGAAAGUGUUUAGCCUUGUGGAUUUGAGACGUUGUGUUUUAUGCGAAUCAAUUUCGUGGUCAUCGGUAACAAUGGGUUGGUCCAUACUGGUUCCCUGGACGGUGCUGGUAGCUGUUGUAUCGAGGACGGUGUUUUGUGGACCGUAUCCCCGGACAUUCGGAACCUUUUACAACUCGAACGGAUACUUUCAUUUUGCGGACAAAACGCAUCAACAGCAGUACAACUAUUACCAAACCGUUACCGUUCGGUCACCAGAGUCUACGAAAAACGCCAAAAUUAUUGAAUCCGCAAAACUGGCGUCCACAAAUGAAAUCAAUCCGAGUUCAUUCGGUCCCGAAGCCGUUUCCUUUUCCUACCGCGACGAGGACGCCUUCGGUCCAUCCAACUGGGGUGCUCUGAAUUCCAACUGCAACGGUCUGUACCAGAGCCCAAUCGACCUGGUCACCAAUCGGACCCUGGUGGUUCGCCAGAAAAGACCCCUUCGCCUGGACGGUCUGUCGAAUCGACCCUGGCAGAUGGACGUCGAAAACGAGGGAGGUUCAGCGGCGUUCUUCCCCGAGUAUCGGGCCUCGGAACGACCACGGCUAUCGGGAGGCCCCCUCAAGACGGACUAUCUGUUUCAGCAGUUUCACUACCAUCUGGGCUCGGAACAUACCUUCGAGGGGAAACGUUACGCCGCCGAGGCGCACUUUGUGUUUUUCAACAGUCUGUACGAAACCUUCGAGGAAGCCCGCGGCCAGGUGGACGGAAUCGCCGUGAUUGCCGUUGUCUACGAUGUGCUCAAAUCUGAUCGGAUCAAAUCGCUCAACAAUUGGACCCGCUUCCUGACCAAAGUCGUCAAAGAUGGCAGCGUGUACGAAGUGUCCCCGUACGGGCUGUUCCCACUGGGGGACGUCCUGGGCAAUGUCCAGUGGCCGUACUAUGCGUACGAGGGCAGCUUUACGACGCCACCUUGUGCGGAAACGGUCCAGUGGAUCGUGGCUAGCGAGCGGGUUCCGCUGACCAAAAGCGAACUGGUCCGGAUGCGUAAUCUUGAAGGUCGAGGCGGUCGGUGGGUACAGAACGCGAGGCCAACGCAGGCGAGAAACUAUCGGCGGGUUUUCAUCUAUUGAUGCUUUGAGGUCCAAUGGGCGAUAAUCGUUUUAGAGAGCCUCGCGCAGUUUGUGCCAUUAGGUAUUUAAGUUUAUGAAACAGUAUUAUAAAAGAGAUUCCUAAAUUUAAUUAAGAAUAAUGUUACGUGCAAAUAAAUCCAAAGAAUCUUUA